GAAGACGCUGACGUAAGCCACUCCCAGCCUACGUCCUGACGUAAGAAGGCGUGUCUAACAAAAGGACAGUGGGGACUCCACAAUGGGAGGUUUGUGUCUUUCUUUAACUGUAAAUAACCCUCUAAAUGUUUCCAGAUGCACAGCAUACAUGUAUUUUUAACUCGACUGUCUUUUACUUCAUUCAAAGUGGCGACUUGUUUUACAAUAUUGACAACCUAAGAGGUUUUCUCGCUGUUGGCAAAUGACAAUGUAACGUCUCAUUUCAAGCUUGUUGAGGUCUCUGAAAGUUUCCAAGUGUACACAUUCAACAGGGGCGAAAGCCUUAAAGCUACUUUUACAACUCACAAACAACGACCAAGUGUACAGAGUAGAAAGAGUUAUUUAUACAACAUUACUGUCCCUACAUGCCCCCGUAUUCCUCUCGUCUUUCAAGAACACUGCAGACAUUGUUAUGUUUAUGUCCCGUGUCAAAUGGAAACGCAACCUAUCACUCCACCGUGUAUGAAAGGGAAUAAGUCUUGUUUUUAAUCUUUCCUGUGGACAGACAGUUUUCAGGAGCAGCUGGUCGAGGACAGUGCCGUCCUCAGAGCUGACCGGAGACUUGACACGGAGCUGGUGGACAAACUCAUCCUGCAGCUGAACAGAAUCUACCCACAGAUCCUCACAGACAAAGAGGCCUCAAAAGUAAGUCCCUGUACACUUAUACAUCUCCUUACUUUUGGCCACAUGCAGCAAGCUGUAAACCCUUUUGGGUUAAAGUGCAAAUAGAACACACUUGGCCUAUUAUUAGAACAAAACAUCAGCUGCAAAGUCCCACAUGGAAAGUAUAUCAGAAAUAUCCACCAAACAGCACUAUGAGCCUGACAUACUGAAAUGAACUUGUGUAACAUGGAAAUAUUAGUUGUGUGUUAAUUUUAAGCAACAUUAAAUGCCUCAUAAGACAAGUUAUUAUUGCAGAAUUAACUUUAACAUCCAUGUGACUUCUUGCCCCAGAGCAUGAGUGGUUGUUAAGUAACUGUGUAGAAGAAGAAGAAAUGGUGCUUGUAAUUAGGGCUGGGCGAUAUAGGAAAAAUAUAGGUCGGCCAAACUAAGCAGUUCUUUGCUACUUGGUUCUAAUUCAGCACAUGAUUGGUUCAACACGGCGUGACCCGGAGCAACUCCCCUUUUUAUUGGCUAUUUAUAUAGUCUACCGAAACAUGGCAGAAUGCUGGCUAUCCUAUCUGGAUUUAGGAAAAUAAAUUUUCCUCAAUCCAAGGAAAAUGUUCAGCUUUUCCUGUCCAGGCAAGCUGCACUGGCUAGCAUCCAAAUCCAUCCAUCCAAACUAGCGAAAUCCACUAUACUGUGAUGAUAAUUGUCAUUUUCUAACCAGUUUCGAAACUUGGAUGUGCCAACAAGCGUCCGCCUUGGUGAGCUCCUGACACACCUGCAGGGGAAAGGAGAGGAAGCAUGUCGGGAGUUCUACAGAGCUCUUCACUUGCAUGUCGAGGAUGUGUACUACAGUUUGCCUACACGAUUGCGCCUCAGAGGUCAGUCUCCAAAAUCAUUUUGACCAGAGUUAUAUGCUUGUUAAUUAUGAGAUAUUACAUGAUAGAUGAAAGUACAUAUUCCCGCAUUAUUCUAAAUCCUAAAAUGUAUCUGUGUUGCCUCCAGAUUCUAUGGAUCCGCUCACACAUCCUCAAAUGUAUAAUCAGAGAUAUGUUCUGAACGACAGAGGUAAGAGGCAUCUGUGUGCAAACUUACAUUCAGUGUAAGCUGUUGUUUAAUGUGGACUGGUCAGAGUGGUUAAAAGUUACAUGUUACAAGUUUGUACAAGGCUAGUAGAGAUGCAUUCACCAGAUAUAAUAUCUGUUGGCCGUUUUUUUUUCUUUUCUGUCAUUUUUACCCUUUUCCAGAGCCCCUCUUUUUCAUGGGCUGUUUCGGUGUUGCAGUGGGAAUGGCUUUACUCUAUUACUACAGUGGUAAGUAGCUUUCCUGUCUGGAAUUUAAUAUUGUAAUACAAAGGUAUCAAUGGCACUUAAAGCUUUUUUGCAGGUUUUUACUUUGACUUAAAAAGGGUCUGUAUUUUACAGAGGCCAAACUGUCAGGAGGAAGUCGUGCCCUCGGGAUGGCUGCUUUGGGCUUAAAGAAAAAGGCUCAGGAGGUUCUGAUCUGGUACACUGAAGAAAGCCUCAUGAAGUGAGAUGUUACUUCACCCAAGGUGCUUUAGUAGUAAUGCUCCUCUGAAUGCCACCUGCACCAAAGCACAGCACAGUAUAUCUCUGAAGAUGUACAGUGCUCAUUUUGUACUUAGAUUUUUAUUUAUUUAACAUUUGAGGUUAGGAAGACAGAGAGAGUGGGGCCUCAUUUGGUGCUAAGUUCUCCAUAUGUUGAUACCCUUUUAUUAGAAGAAAAGAGGGUUAAAUCCAUGCAAGGAUGAUUGAAGUGAAAUUAUCAACAAGCUUCAACACAGAUUUUCAAAAUAGGCAUAAGUGACUUUAUCAACAGAACUGAACAAGCAAAAUAUCAAGCUUAGAGAUUCAGCUCACAUGUUUUAUCAUUGAAGCAUUUAUUAUUACUUCUCACAGCCAUACAGUACUUAUCCUUGCCUUACUUGCACUUUGGUGCAAAGACUCAGGCCUGAUUUUUUUUUAAAUGUUCUUUUUUUCAUCUUGGGUGCACCUUGUAUUUCAUAUACAUUUUCAACAAAAAAGUCUUUCUCAUCUGCUCUGUGUUGCCAAAAUAAUUUGAAAAACAAAUCAGUGAAUGUAAACAGGCAGACAGAAGUCGAUUGAUACCGUCGCCUCUCGAUGGGGCAUUACUGUCCUCUGGUGGUUAAAAGGGAUACUAUCAAACAUGGCACGUUUUUGUCUCGUAAGUGCCUCCUGGAGCCGUGCUAUACCAUAAUAUACUUUCAGAAAAGAGCGUUAUAUCGUCUAGAAACCUGUUUGUAGAGCCACGUGCGUUAAAUAUGAACCGCAUCGAGGUUAAUAAAACUGAAGUAUUCUUUGUGAUCACGUGACUGCCCGUACCAAUGAUAUUUUGCUUUCUCGUCGUGAGGCAUCAUGGGUAGGGUAACUCCCAAAGCAAAAACACAACAGUCGGUUACAGAUUGUUUAAAAUAAUAAAACUAGAAUGUUUUGAUUCAGAGUGAUACGUUUGUAAAUUCUCUGUAUAGUGUUAUAAGUACACAGUAGUCGCACCAUGGGUGAAACUGCUGGUUAAUAAUGCUCGGUACAUAUAAAGGUGUUCCCAAUGGUCUAAUUGUGUUGUAUGAAAGGAGAGAAGGUUAGCACUCCCCUUGACAAGGAUGGAAAUGGCCCCUGUGGCCUUCAACACAUAUACGGUUAAGGCAUUGCCACUUACUUCGUGGCAUCUCUAACCAAGUUUUUUUCAGGUGUGUAUUAUUCCUGCGUGUCUUUCUUGGUUGCCUUUCUUUAUCCUUAUCUGCCUCAAAUAGUUUUCUGCUUCUUACCAUUACUCAGACGCGAUGUUCCCAUGUCUCUGUUUCCUCUGGGUUGGGCAGGGUGGAAAUUUUUAUAUUUCCUGUUGCCCUCUAGCUUGUAGUCCCCUGUUAGUAAGUGUUACGCAGAGGACGACUAGAAAUGUAGAAGUUUGUGGUUUCAUCUGAGAGAAGAAGAGAGGGUUCAGUUCCAGCUGUUUAUAUUGUAUCCUGAUGUGUAGCUAUGAGCUUUUCUUUUGACUGUGCCUUUUUGUUGACAUGACAGUAAUGAGCUUGUACCUGGUAAAGUUAUUUAAUGCCUCUAAAGACAUCAACUGAUAUAUAUCUGCAUGAUCUAAUGGUAUUUCUCAGGCUGUUUGUAUACAAAUCUAUAUAACUGUAUAACACAGAGAAGGGCUCUGAUCAUAACAAACAUGCAUUAAUGGUGCUUUGUCUAAUUGUAAUUUUUAAUGGUUUGGUGGUUGUUCUUUAUUAGACCAGAAGUCAAUAAGUUACAAGUUUUGACUGUAUCCUAUCAUGAAAUUUUGACUCUUCAUACUGAUGUUUGUUAAUGCCUUCAGUUUGUCACAUCCUCUACCAACUAUGAAGUGUAAAAAACGCCUUUAAUGUUCAAGUGCCAUCAAUUUGACAAUGCAGACUUUUCUAUGUCCACAAACAGAACACGCAUGAUAAGAUUAAAAAGUACAAUUACCACAUCAGA